GAUACGAAUGGCAACGAAGAUCAGCAAAGUUCCAAUGACGUUCAUUCAGCUCUAGUUGAGAGAGUUGAAAGCCACAAGACUAGUCACGCAACAGGAGACGAAGAAAGCAACCCAAUCCGUGUUAAGGAAAGAGACAUUGACUCGGGCUCUGAGACUGUCGAUCAUCCGGAAAUCGAGCCACACAAUGCCCCGCAUGAGCAAGUGCACGAUCAUGGCAAGGCGCAUCAACAUCCAGCCGAGGACUCGACAACUCGUGAAGCGGAGCAAGACCAUUCCGAGUCCCAGUCAAGUAAUUUAACGCCGACCGAGUCAUCGAAGCCCCAAUUCUCUCACGCCAGCUCAGCCCACGUCGAACAUGCAGGUGAUAUACACCCGACAGCGGAUGGGUCUUUUAUGGAGCCGGAAGAUCAAGAACAUGAUGGGUUGGGCGACUACGCUUCAGGUGACAUGACUCCGCAUGCUGCAACUCAACCUGAUCACAACCAAGAAGAUAACAUGGAAAAAAAAUUUGCCCUUCCAAAACAGUAACCAUCAGAAACCGGAACUGGCCGAACGGGAAAUCCAAGAUGAAAGACUAGUCAGUCCAACGCGUAAGUCCAGUACUUUCGACUUCGCACCGAGCACACCUCGACACUUCAUUCAAGAGGAGCAUCAUAGCAGCCUCGCAGAAUCCCCUGCUACGGUUCUUGGAGCGGGCGACUUGUUUGAAGAUUCCGAUGAGGAAGAGGCAGAGAAAAACCACCCAGAAGCGCAUGGACAUGGCCAUGAUACGUCUCAGGAGCCUACAGUCCAAUCACCUGAGCAUACUCGAGAUGCUCAAAGAGACGGGCGUAAGAAAGAAGAAACCCAAGAUCACACCGAAACUCGAGCUUUCUUUGUAUCUCUCGUUGAUACGAUUAGACCAAACUUAUCAUUACUGAAACGACUUGCAAACCAGGAAUCUUCUUCAUCGCACUAUCAAACCGAUGAUAACCACUCAGUUUCCGAAUACUCUCCAGCGAGACCUGGCGAGUACUAUACGCCUGGGACAAUUGAGCCCGCAGGACCUUUCCAACCACAAGAGCCCGAUACUGGAUCGCAUAUUCGUACUCAUACCGCUGAUACCAUUCCUUCGCUCGAAUCGUAUGCACAGUCCGAUGAUGCCUCGACGCCAACGACCCCAUCGGAGACAGCUUCAAGCCCUUUCGUCGAAGAUCCCCAUGAACGGCCAAACAUUCGAUCUUCGUGGCACGAUAACAGUGCCCUAGAAGGUUCUGACCCCACUGAACUGAAUCAAGAGUUGAAGCUCCAAGCUUCUCCUUUGCAUGGAGAGUUCGAUCCAUACAACACCCAGACAUACCCCAACUAUAUCAGCCCCAAAGCGAGCUCAGUGAACCUGAGGUCACCGCGAAAUAGAUUCAGUUAUUCCGCCGGAGCCGAUCCUCCUCGAUUCAGCACCCAAAGCAGCAUCCCACCGCCAUCUGUGCCAGCGAAGAGGCCCCGACUCUCCUCUUUAGACACAUCUCAAGCAUCGGAAUUCUCAGAAAGUCGACCGUACGACCCCCCCGUCUCAGCAACACGCACGCACCAUGAAUCGGAGUCGCAAGCACAGUACUCUCCAACACAAUCUCGAAUCCCACGACGCCCCACAGAUCGCACAAUGGUAGCAGCGCGAACUCCAGUCUCGUCCCUGCCGAUACCAAGUAAUUCAUUCUUCCAGAAAACAAAGUCGCUCUUCGAAUCAGCAUCGCAGUCCCCAUCGCCUCCCGCACCAACUCGCCCUCUCUCAAGUCUGUUCACAGUAAACAAAGGCUUUCCCUCCCCACCACGCAGAAACCCCUCUCGACCGACAUCCUUGAUACUCAGCUCCGCAGGCCACGAUGACCUUACCCCCAAGAGUCUAGACGGAGAUGGCAUACCACCGAGUCCAGUCUUCACUCCCCCAGCAGCCGGUACACCCACAAAAGGAAAGAGGUUGGGCUAUGAGGGCAGAGGCGAGGAGCCAGUGAGACAGAGAAACAGCACCUUUUUCUUGGAUGGACUCUCAAAGCUCGUGGGUUCGGGUGGGCUUGAAGACAGUAUGCAUAACCCGAAUCGGCGCGCGAGUGUGAAGGAGAAGGAGCCGUUGCUUAGGAAUACGGGGGAGGUGGAUGGGUAUUGACCACACUCGGGUGACAGGGGGCUGACUGCACCGGAUGUGAGGAUAGGGAGAGGGGCGAUAAAGGUUACGAAUGUGGUGAGUGUUGGGCCCGGUUUUGAGAUGGAAAGGGGAGGCGCUUGAAGGUGAAGGCUCAGGGAGAAUUCAAGAUGGCGUGGCUUUGGUCUGAGGGGUGGAGGGCCAGGUUGAGAGCGGGUGGGGACUUGGUUGAGAAGUGUAGAUUUGAUAUUGAGAGAUAGCGAUUGCGAGUCUAUCUAUAAGUGUUUGAAUUUAAGCUACGAUACCAUUCC